AUGAUAAUGUUUAUGUUUAUGCUACUAAUGUUACUGUCUUCGACGUCCGCUCACAAAGGACGACCACAGCGACACACCAUCGUCCAGCCCUCGGAACUGCGACCAGUUGAAGCUAUCGCAAAUCUUCCUGAGCUCACAUCUCGAAACAUCGCGGAUUUUAUUGGCAACAUCGAUGGAACCGAGGAAUCGGAUGAAGCAGCACUGCGAUUUCUAGCGACAUAUGGACUAGUGCCGAAUGAGCGAGAGUGCCCAGAAUGCCUCAACGGUAAGAUGAGUCUUGUCAAAGAUAAUGCCCUUCCGUUACAUUUCGUCUGGCGAUGCUCUUCAUGCAAAACUUCAAAUAUCAUCACAAAGAAAAUGAUUCGAGAGAACACAUUUUUCCAAGAACAAAAACUAUCCGUACAAAAAAUAGUACACAUAGCGGCGGAUUGGGUCGAAAGUCCAGGACGAAACAACGAAAGAACAGCUUCGUUGCAUGGAGUCACGACUUCGACGAUUGUUAAUCUCAACAAACUUUUCCGACAAUUGACGGAGCAAUGGUUCGAGCGACAAAUUGAAAAAAAUUCAAAUUUUCUGCUUGGUGGACCAGGGAAAAUCGUCGAAAUCGACGAAAGUCACAUGUAUAAAGCGAAAUACAACCGUGGGCACAUGCUAAGAAGAAAAUCUAUCUGGAUAUUUGGCAUGACUGAACGUCACACAAAUAAAGUGGCAAUGUUCCGCGUGAAGCAACGAGAUGCAGCAACUCUACUCCCGAUCAUUAGAGCACAUGUCAAACCAGGCUCUAUGAUUGUAUCCGAUGGUUGGGCCGCCUACGGAGGCAUCAGAACCCUCCAGAGAGCGUUUACACACAGAUGGGUCAAUCACAAAGUAAACUUUGUUGACCCCAGCGAUCGACGAGUUCACACUCAGUCUAUUGAAGCCACAUGGGGUGCUUUCAAACGGGAACUCAAAGCGAAAUAUGGCGUCCCAGAAGAUCAACUCGACGGAUACAUGUCGACAUACAUGUUUAGACGAUACUUCGGAAGAAAAAAACUUCUGAACCACCUUCUGAUCGAGAUGAAGUAUUAUAAGAAAGAAGAUGACUCACCGGCCGAAGGAAGUUCAAAGGACGCGGAUAAGAUCAUCUUGUUGCAACCGAUAUUCUUUUUUUUUGUGUUCUGA